AUGGCCGGUUAUUACGGCCGUGACACGCCGUUUGCGGCCUCUGUCACGUCCCCCAUCAUCGAGCAAGCGCAGACCAGACUGUGCCAGUCUGAACGCAAUUACUCAAGAACCCAACAAGAUCUCCAGAAUGCCAUGCGCAUUCGAGCCACAACGCCAAUGUCGGCGGUCGAGAGCAGUGCCAAAGACCAGGAGAUCAUGUCGCUGCAACUGCAGCUGCAUGAACAGGAGGCGGAAAUAAAGCGCUUGCGAGAAACCAUCACAAGACAGCAGAUAACCAUCAAAACUCAAAGCGAGGCCAUUGCCAACCCGAAACAACACUAUGCCACGCCGACUCCCAACCGGUUCGGAGGUAACCAACAGUAUGGCCCACACCCAAACCUUCCACUUCCUCCUCCUCCACCUCCACCGCCAAUUUUCACCACCGGAAAUGCAAUCACAUACACACAGCCUCAUCCUGCCAUGCCUGCACCUUCCCAACCACAGCAGCCAAGCAGCACCCCUUCUCCUUUUGACGACUCUGGCGCUCGGCGAUCCAAUGCUCUCCCCACGAGUCAGUCACAAGGACCGCAAAUGCAUCAUCCACAGCCGACUCCAUUCCGGCCAUCUGGCCAUGUCAACGAGUUUGGUUCUCCUGAGCCAGCAAGAUCAUACAAUACCAAUUUCACCAUGAAGACGACCCCCACCGGGCCGAGCAGCGGAACUCCAGCUUCGGCUUCGGCAGCCAGGAUGCACACUCGUGGAAUGCCUAGCACAGCUCUGCAGCAGCAACCACAAAUGCCUGCUUUCCCCAGCCCCAUCGCUCUGGUCUUUGGGCCACACCUCGUGGUUUCAGAUGCUGUCGUUCAAAAAUUUGGAAAUGUGAUUCACAUGGCGGAAGUAUAUGCUUUCUCCCACGUCAACACACCCAGCACCCAGAAAGAUAACGCCAUGCCACAAGAGGUCAAGGACAGGCUGAUGAGAGCUUCAUCCACCACUUCGGCGUUCCAGUUCAUGCAGACACCAUACACACGCUACAUGCUCGUCAACAAGAUCAUUGUCCAGUUCAUCAUCAGGACCAUCCUCAAGCAUGACUGCUUUACGGGGUUCGAUCCAGAGGCUGACCGUGUCAUCGAAAACUGCAAAAGUCAAAUGUAUCAGACUACCCCGGCUCAGGUCAAAUACCAGCUCCUUGCCACCAUGGCAGAGCAGAUCCAGAAACUCAAGAUGAACCCCCAUUUUCAAAAUUUUGUCAACAAUAUUGCACGCAGUCGCGGUAAUGAGAUCUGGAAGGUGCUCAAGCCAAUGAUGCAUACCAAGACAUCGCGAGACUGGGACGACUUGCACGAAUUAAUGAUCAACGCACAUCAACUCGCCCAGAUGAUGUUUUCUGGUUCGGAAGAAUACAAAUUUGACUUCCCCGUGAUGGGCCAGCUAUUCAGCAAUUCUUGGAUGGAGCCUCGCGAUCCGUUCAGGAACUUUCACAGUCCGGAACAACUGGAAGCCAUGGGCGCGACGGUCAGACUUGGAAUCACACCACUCAUCAGCGUCCGGUCCAGCACACCGUCGGGACAUGUCAAAUCGUGCUGCAUUGUGAAGGCGUUUGUUUUGAUAAAGGCAGAGAAGUAG